AUUUCUGGACUGGUGGAAGGUACUCGGGGAGUGCUAACGGUCCACUGGUAUGGGGACGCAAUACUUGCCUUGCCCCGGACGCUGGCAACCUACGCUACGCCACUGUACUCAGUCAAAAUAUAUAUCGUAAAUGUGCUUUGAACGCUAAACGUUUGUUCUAGUGCUCCAAGACGCGAAGAAAAUUAACAGAGAAGAAGAUGACAGCACGCGUAAUGCCAGGAUUUUCUGUUUAAACUUUAUUCAAUCAGCAUCAUAAUCAUCGUGGAUCAAGAUUCAUUAUGACUUCUGUGAGAAAAUCAGAUCGACUCGCUAGAAAGAGAAAAUCAUCUGCACCAGAAAUGGUAACUGGAAAGAUGAAACCCUCCCAACCAGAAGAAAUGCCAACUGGAGAGAGAAAAAUACAGACACUAAGAAAGAAGCCAGCUUCUCCAAGCAGUGAAACUAUUUCAUCUGACUAUCUUGCAGGACAAUCGUCUAGUGGCAUACAAAAAAGGAGAUACCGACAGCGACUCAAAGAAGAUUCUGUCCAGACCUACAAGAAAAAGAAGGUUCAAAGAGUUAAAGCCUCAAAGGAAAAGUGGACUCCUGAAAAGAGAGCUAGAGAAUGUGAGAAAAAACGAAUACGGCUACGGAAGUGGAGAGCAAAACAGAAGGAACUUGGGACAUCGGUGUCGGAAGAGAAAAGAGAGAAGGAUAGAUUACGUCAGCAGAGACACAGAGCACAGAUGAAGCUCAAGAAAAAGUGGGAAAAACAACAGAUGGAAUUAGUUAAUCAGCUGCAGAAAGAUGAAGGGCACUGCAUAACUGGUGUCCAGUUGGAGGAACAACCUCCUGUUGUCUGUUAUGACAGAGUUUCGUUUACUGCAAAGCCAAAAUGGAAAUACCAGAAAAGACUUAAAGAAAAGCCAGUUCCUGAUAGCUGUGCAGUUGCUUCAUCAUGUGGACAAAAAGGACUUUCACCUAGCAUCAUACGGGAGCGAAGAUACAGGAAGAAGCUGAAAGAAAAUUCAGUCCGUUACCAGCUCCACCUGAAAAAAGAAGCUAAAAGAGUGAAAGCCAUGAGGGAGAAAUGGAGUCCUGAGAAGAAAGCCAUACACAGGGAAAAAGUUCGAGUGUGGGUGCAGAAUUGGAGAGAAAGACAGAGAGAACUGGGAAGAAAGUUGACGAGUCCAAAACCUGAGACAAGAUUGGAAUUGGAAGAGAAGAGAGAGCAGAACAGAUUAUGUCAGCAGAGACACGGAGCACAGCUGAAGCUCAGGCAACAGUGGGAAAAAGAACAGAUAGAAUUAGUCAAUCGGAUCCAGAAAGAUCGAGGAAAAUGUAUUACUGGAAUGAAGGUGGAGGAACAAUCUCCUGGUGAACUUUCAUCUACUGCAAAGCCAAAAAGCACAUACCAGAAAAGGCUUAAAGAAGAGCCAGUUCCUGACAGCUGUGCGGUUGCUUCAUCAUCAUUCAAUCAGGACAGACAUUUAUUUACAGAAAAGCCAAAAAGGACAUACCAGAAGAGGCUUAAAGAAGAGCUAGUUUCUGACAGCUAUGCAUUUUCUUCUCCAUCGUUUGAUCAGGCCAGACCUUCAUGUAGUGUCAUAGAGGAACCAAUGUUCCAGCAGAGGCUCCAAGAAGAUUCAGUUCGUUAUCAGCUCUGUCUGAAAAAGACAGCUCAAAGAAUAAACACCAUGAAGGAAAAUUCGACUCCUGAACAGAAAGCCAGACACAGGGAAAAAGUGCGAAUACGAGUGAAGAAUUGGAGAGAAAAACAGAGGGAAUAUGAAAGGACACCAAAUAGUGUAAAACCUGAGAUAAGAUCAAAGUUAGAAAAGAAGAGGGAGAAAGAUCGAUUACGCCAGCAGAGAUACAGGGUAAGACGUAAGCUUAGGCAGCAGUGGAUAAAGGAACAUACUAGUAUGGAAAUGGUCGAUCUAAAACAAAGAGGUGGAGACUGUAUAACAGGAAUCAAUGUAGAGGAACAAAUACCUGUCAUCAAAUUGGAAAACCUUGCUUCAAGCUUACAAAGUGAAUGGCAAGUACAGAUACCUGUCAUCAAAUUAGAAAACCCUGCCUGGUGCUUACAAAAUGAAACUUAUUUACCUUUUUUCACAGUACAGAACCCUGUAUCAAACAUACAAAGCAAUCCACAUGAGUAUACUGAUUCUAUUCAUUGGCCUGUUAAAACAGUGUUGCCAUCAACAGAGGAACAUGUUUUGCAGCAAUCAACAGAAAAAAAUCUUGACUUUUCAUCCGGUGAAGUAGGGGGAAUGUACCAAGAACUAAAGAAGCUACAGAAGUAUUUUGAUCCAAAGAAACAGGCUGAUGUGAAGAACAGUAAGGGACUAGGCAUCAUCAGUCAGUUUCGGAAGAAGAAUGGGUUCGAUUUCAACCACCUCGCAAAAUGCCACUCCCAGAAUGUUAACCACAAGAGUUCUUUUGACACACUGUUUAAAGAAAGAGAGACUGAAGUGGUUGGUUUCUACAAUCAUGGAGACAUAUCUCAAGGUGACAAUUCCCAGACUUCAGCAAGUGCUAAAUCUCAUCAGCAACGGCCAAAGCAUUUCAUGGGAAAAGCACAGAAGGUUGCUGAUAAAACCUUUAUUGAGGACAGUAAUACUAAGCAGCAUCCCAAAACACUGACGUCCACAGAACACACACAGUUAACUUCUGGAUUCUGUGAAUUCUGCGCCAACAUCCAAUUGAAACAGAAGGCUGUGAACAGUUUCCUCAGUAGCAAGGGUCUUCAGGAUCUCCAUCUCCCGGACACACAUGGACUGUUGUCCAUGACUCUUUGUGCCAAGAAGCAGGACAGUGGCAGCCAUCACAAGAUGUGUAUAGACAGAAAGUGUAAGAACUGUGGAGUUAAGGCCAUUCGUUCUCACCUCCGCCCAGCAGUGAUGGAGUAUUCGGAUUCUGUUCUGACGUGGAAGAUGUGGCUGCUGAUUCAGAAGGAAGCUGAUGAAGGACCUGCGACUGAUGAUGGAACUGAUGACGGGACUGAAACUGAAACUGAUGACAGAACUGAAACUGAAACUGAUGACAGAACUGAAACUGAUGAUGGGACUGAAACUGAUGACAGAACUGAAACUGAUGAUGGGACUGCAACUGGAACUGAUGGCAGAACUGCAACAGGAACUACUGACAGAACUGCAACUUAUGAUAGAACUGAUAAUGGAACUGAUGACGGAACUGCAACUGAUGAUGGAACUGAUGACAGAAAUGGAACUGAAACUGAUGACGGGACUGCAACAGGAACUGAUGAUAGAACUAAUAAUGGAACUGAUGACAGAACUGGAACUGAUAAUGAAACUGAUGACAGAACUGCAACAGGAACUGAUAAUGGAACUGAUGACAGAACUGCAACUGGAACUGCAACAGGAACUGAUAAUGAAACUGAUGACAGAACUGGAUCUCCUAAAUACAGCACCUGGAGGAUGCUGAUGACAAGUUCCGGAUCUUUGGACGAGAUUCUGUCAGAGCUUGAGACGGAACUGGAAACCUUCACCACCCACCUCGUACUGGCAGGUUUACGUUUUUGACCAGGGCUCAAAAUAACAACACAAAAGACACAUAAAGUGGAGUCGACUUGCAGCAUGUGAAGAUUUGUCCAGUAGUUCAGAUGAUGGAUUCACAGAUGAAGAAAUGGAGGAAUUUACUGAACAAAAGCAAAAUAAAUAUUCAGAAAAUACAGAAUUUAAUAUUGAAAAUUCUCAUGCAUCUCAACACUCAGACUGUGUAGAGCAUGUUGAUAGCUCAACCGUUGACAGAGUAACAGUUCUUGACCGAGAUGAGAAAGUGGAGUUAAAAGAGCAAAGCCAGAAUGAUGCAUCAUGGGAAGAGGAGGAGGUGGAAGAUGAUUGGAGGAUGGAUGUGUGUAAAGACGAAGAACGGAGGCCGAAAAGUCAUGGGAUUUAUCAACGGGUGAUCGAGAUUUCUGGUCUGAAAAGCCUGAUGGCACUCAAACAAACAGAACUGAAAUUCAGUUAAAACAUGACUCGUUUGAAAAGUUUACAGCAACAUCUGUGAUAUCCGAUGCAAAUAUUGCCGAUUUUGAAAAUACAGCAGUCUGUGAUGUCUUACAAGAAACCUCAAAAUGUCAACAAAAUGUCAUUACAUCUAAUCAG